GGGGUCACGGCCAUCUCUCUCUCUCUCGUUGAAGUUAUCCCCGCCACCUCUCGCCGGAGAAGCGGUCACACGGCCGUCAUUGCCUCUCGCUCUCGGCUGAGGAGAUACUUCUUCUUCUUCUUCUAAAUGCUUAAUUAAACAAAUAUUGCCCUUCAAGCCCUCCAUCAACAUGUUCCCUUCAUCCUCCUCUGGUGUGUCGCCAUCCUCGGUUGUUGACUUCCUCGCCCUCUGCCGCAAUCUCAAGACAACAAAGAGGACGGGAUGGGUUCGGCGCGGUGUGUGCGGGCCAGAGUCAGUGGCAGACCACAUGUAUCGCAUGGGCAUCAUGGCCUUAAUUGCCCCAGACAUCCCUGGCAUCAAUCGUGAUAGAUGCGUCAAGAUGGCCAUUGUGCAUGAUAUUGCUGAAGCUAUUGUUGGAGAUAUAACACCAUUUGAUGGAGUGUCAAAGUCGGAGAAGAGUCGAAUGGAGAAGGAGGCACUAGAUCACAUGUGCAAGUUACUUGGUGGAGAGUCCAGAGGUGAAAUCUACCGGCAAACAUGCAAAACGAUAGAUUGAAUUUUCAAGAAUUUCGGUUCUUGCAUAUCUGAGAAUUAUAGGUUGUUGAUUGAUGAUGGUGUUGUGUAA